AACUGUUUUCUGUGUUGUCCAUGCCAUGCCUAAAUAAGGAGUUGCGAACACAAUUCAGUUUGUGGAUGAUACCAGUGUGUGUCGUAUGACUUUUGACAAAACAUUUGAGGGCAGUUUGACAAAAAAGCUAAUCAGCGGAGCUAUCUUUAUCUUCAAUCCUUGUACUGGUCAGCUGUUCUUGAAGAUCAUUCACACUUCUGUGCGGGCUGGGCAGAAACGUUUAAAGCAGCUGGCAAAGUGGAAGACAACAGAGGAAGUGGCUGCUCUAAUUCGGUCAUUGCCUGUGGAAGAGCAGCCAAAACAGAUCAUUGUCAUGAGAAAGGGAAUGUUGAAUCCACUUGAGGUACAGUUGCUGGACUUUCGCAACAUUGUGAUCAGGGGUUCAGAAUUGCAGUUGCCAUUCCAGGCCAUUCUCAAAGUAGAGAAAUUUGGUGAUCUGAUUCUGAAAGUCACAGAACCACAGAUGGUUCUGUUCAACCUGUAUGAUUACUGGCUGAAGACCAUAUCUUCAUAUACAGCCUUCUCACGUCUGAUCUUGAUUCUGCGAGCCCUGCAUGUGAACACAGAGUGUACGAAAGUGAUACUGAAGCCUGACAAGACGACCAUCACAGAGCCCUAUCACAUCUGGCCAACAUUAACUGAUGAGGAAUGGAUUAAGCUGGAAGUUCAGCUGAAAGAUCUCAUUCUUGCAGAUUAUGGCAAGAAAAACAAGUAUGUAUAUUUCAGUAGUCUCAUAAUCGGUACAUGCAGGGAAAAGGGAGAACUUCGUAGUUUAUAUGCAUCAUAUAGUAUGAUAGAAAUUAAUGUUGUUGGAUUUAAGGUUUUCCUUAAUCACUCGUAAUUGAAAAAAAUUGUUUCCUACAUGUUAUAUUUAUUGUACAUAAUUCCAUCCCAGUUUUGUUGGAGCGAUUUUCUCUUGUUAUCAUUUUGAUUAUGUUCAGAUCCACUUCCUGUUGGGUGUGGUACAUAUAAUUUUAUUGUAUGUCACAAAAUUCUUGCUCUUGCCCCCCCCCUCCCCACAUACUCUUCUGAUGUGGGUGGAGUAAUAAAGUUGUGGAAGUUACAUGUUCAGUCAGUAGCUUAUCUGCUAUUGCUUCUGAUUUAUUCAACCAAAGGUUGUAUUUAUACUGGAACCUUCAUUUAUGUUUCUGAAUUUAAGCCUUUCUCUCCCAGUUAAUGUUGAAUUUCAGUGAUCACAAAUUAAUGGUGUCUGUGUUGAAUUUACUGAAUUGUAGAUAUUCUUUAGUUUAGUGUUGGUGAAAUCUGCUGCUCACUGAAGGAACCCUGUACAUGGUUUUCAGUACAUAAAUUGUGUUUAUGAUUACUUGGCGUCACUGACUCAGCCCGAAAUUUGUGACAUCAUUUUGGGUUUGGAGAUUAGUGCUCCAUCAGCUCAGCGCCAACAAAUACCAGAAAUUGAGGAACAAUCUCAGUUCACAGCUACUACAACACAAACAGUCAACAAACAAACCUGGUGAUGAGAUCAUCACACCCACCAUGCAGAGACAUUCAGGAGCUUGUACAUUUUUUUAUGGUGGUUUAGGUUGUUUUGUUAUGACAGCUGAAUAAAAAAUUCGUUAUCCAACAUAAAUUGUGCUUUUGUAUUGUAUUCUCUUUGUAUAUAGGUUGACAGGAUUCUAUAGCAGUGAAUUCCAAUUGUGGAAUAUCCAUAUAAGCCACGUUUGCCACCCAUCCCGUUUAAGCAGAGAAUGUCUUGGCUUUAUUUCUAAUGUCCCCAUUUUUAAAUACUCUCCUGCAUUAUUAAUCUCUAUCAAUAACCGCUCGGUAACAGAUGUUAUUAAACAAGGUACAUAAAAUAUCUACACAACAGUAUUUUGUAUUUGCAAAAAAGUAGACAUUAUCCUAUGAAUAUUUGUUGAUAAAAAACUUGUUUCUAAUUAAAUUUUAGUUAGUCUGAUGGAAAUGUGUCGCCUUAUUAUUUCAAGAUGUCUGAUACCGGCUGGCUCUAUUUCAUUUCGAUCUUGGUACACUGUAAUAUAAAGGACUAUCAUGCUUUAUGCCAUAUGUGAGCGAGUUGCAUAGUAGACAUAAAACAACUUCACUGCUUGAGAUGGAAAGUUUUGAUAUAAUGGGCAUUGUGGUCAACUUUUAAAAUUUGGCCUAGGCAUGGGUAGCUUGACGAGGAGUCGGAAAGUAUUUAAGGUAACCAGGUCUCACAUUGCUUUGGUACAACACGUGACUCUGCUGUAUUUAAUUAUAAAUGAUUUAUAAAAUAUGGAAAAUAUAAUAUAGGAACAUUGACAUGUGAUUAAAGGUAAAGUUAUAAAUCGCAUAUGAGUUUAGAGAAAUGUCUUUAUGAGGCCCUGCUGAAGAAGGGACCGACAUUCUGCUUUAUAUGUCGGAGAUCCAGGCAUGAUUCUUAGCCUGGGGACCGCCAAGCCUGACUGAGGUUUAUGUUGGAUGCCCUUAUCUCUUGCAGGUGAACAGUGGGAUAUCUUAAAAUAGGUUAUGAUGACUUUCUUUCGAAUUUACAGAAAACUAAUCUUACAUUUGAAUAUGUAUGAUCGGGGACAUUAAAUAUGAAAUUUGUAAAUGAAGAAUAAGCAAGAAAUAUAAUGAAAAAGUAUCCUAUACUCUUUUUCUUUCAAGGGUAUGUUAAUUUUAAUUACGAUGUGAAAUUAUUUCCAUACUUUAGAUGUAAAUGAUGUAUAUAAUAACGUCUGUGAUCUAUUUGCAUUACGGCAUAAAAGAAUCAAGUCGGGUUAACAUGAUUGAGAAAUAGGGUGUAGUGCUUUUUUACUCACAUCCCUUAUUUUCUGUUAACUAUCAAUGGAGAACUAUGAGCUGGAAUAGCAUAGUCAGUAUAGUGACCGGCUACAGGCUGGAUGAUGGAGGGGUCGGAGUUCAAGUCCCGGUGG